CCUGCCUUUUGUGGUCUGAAGCUAGAGACCUGCAUAUAGUGCCUCAGCCACAAGGCUGUACAAGUGAGAUUCAGGGUCUAUUAAAAAAAAGUUGGGUGGGAUCUGAAGCAGAGGCCUCCUGGUGGGAUCCAUGGUGUUGGCCGAGUGCCAGCAGUGCGCUCCUGAUUGCUUCAGUUUGAAAACCUGAUAGCUGGGCCCUACCAGAGUCUAAGGAGUGCAGCAUUUGCCUUGGGGGACAGGAUCAGGACCACGGACAGCGUCACGGGCUUGCCUCCAACUAGAGAGAAGCGAAGCCCUGGGAUUAGCCGGGUCUGAGGAUCACCCCUGCUCACUACUAGAUGUUCUCAGCGGAACUGAGGGCACACGUGGAUCCUGGGGCAAUCUUUUGGCCCUGCCUGCGUUCCAUGCCACUUCUAGCGCUGCCCCAGGGAUACGAGGUCUAGUGUCCAGUGAGGUGUCCCUCUGGGGCUUGGAGCUGCCACUGUCAUUGUUUCUACAAUCAGUGAUGUUCUCCACUGACGUCAGAUGGAGCUGUCGUGGUGCUAUAUAAGGCUGGCUGCAGUCCGGGACAGACCCCGUGGUCCCCGAGGCGCCUUCAGACCGCCCCAAGGCACAGACACUGGAGGUCCGCCUAGCACCAGCAGACACUCCGCUCUCCGACAACCUGGCCCGCGGCACCAUGAGGCAGGCAGGACGUGUGGCACUGGUGGUGGGGCUGCUGCUCCUGGCGCAACUGCGCCCCGGGAACAGCCAGUGGAGUCCGGCAUCAGCGGCGGUGGCAGCGGCUGCUGGGGUCCAGGACCCGAGUCUGCGAUGGAGCCCGGGGACUCGGAGCCAGGGCGGUGGAGCCCGAGCGCUCCUUCUGCUGCUGGCGGAGCGCUUCCCGCGCCGUGUGGGGCUCACUGGCUGGGGCCCCGGAACGGCGGGUGAGCGGCCGCGACGGGACGACCCUCCACUGUCCAUUGACCUCACCUUCCACCUCCUGCGGACCCUGCUGGAGCUGGCCCGGACACAGAGCCAGAGGGAGCGCGCUGAGCAGAACCGCAUCAUAUUCGACUCCGUGGGCAAGUGAUGGCCGGGUCUGGGGCGCAGAAACCUUGUCCCUUUCCCCCACCCCGGGGCUGGCCCGAACACUACCGGAACUGACCCAGUCCCGCGGUGCGGAGUAGUCCGGAGACAUCCUGAGCUCUCUGUGUGCCUUUUUUUUUUUUUUUUU